GAAGAAACUUGUCAUGUAUGAGAACUCUCGGCUGGAAAACACACACGUGUGGGAGACGAAACAUGCAUAGUGUGAAUCACACUUUUAUACAGACGCCUCUAGGCAUCAUUUCAAGCGCGUGGAAAGGGAAAUAACAAGCAGAAUUCCCCUUUAAUUAUAUAUCUCCUGAACUUUCCACAUUUCCAGAAGUAUUGCAGAGCAUUUUUAUGGAUCUGACAAUUUAGGAAAAGUCACGAAGUGUUGGUGUCGUUUGUUCUUAUUGAAUAACAGCGACUGAUAAACAGAGAUGCAGGGUGACCCUGUCUACGACUAUCCUGACGCUCGGCCCGUGGGGGAGAAACGGACAUGUGCACAGAGAGGAUCCCUGAGGAGCAUCAGUGUACUGGACCGGCUCUUGUUGACGCACCCUGUGUGGCUCCAGCUCUCCAUUAACUCGGCUACAGCUCUUCAUAUCCUGCGGCGCGAGCCCCCCGGGACCUUCUUGGUGCGUAGGUCCAGUACAUCGCAGAAAAAAAUGUUGUGUGUUCGGCUGGCAGAUGACAGCAUGCCGUCCUUCUUCAAACAGGUCAUCAUCCGAGAAGAAGACUCAGCCUUCUCUUUGGAAAGCUCUGCUAUUAGUUUCCCAGACCUGUGCAGACUCAUUGCCUUCUACUGUGUUAGUCGGGAUGUUCUUCCUUUCACUCUGGAGCUGCCUGAAGCAAUUGCUAAAGCUUCUUCACACAAACAGUUGGAGUCCAUCUCUCAUAUGGGUGUGGAGUUCUGGAGUUCCCACUUAAAUGUUCGGGGUCCUCGCAAUGAACCUCUUGUCGCUGAGAAACUCUUGCCUCCAACUCCAAGCCCACAAGACUGCUCAACGCCCAUCAACCCAAACCCCACCCCAUUCCAGGAGCUUUGUCCAAUCCAAACACGGAGUCCCUGCGAGCUAGAUUACGGGGGAGGCAAAGGUUUAUGUUUUGUCAACCCUCUUUUCCUACAAGACUACCCAGGUCGCAACACCAUGCACCGGCGUCAUAAUUUCAAAACCAGCUUCAAGGUUCGUGUCUCCACUGAAAAUUCCAGCUCCUUGUCACCCCCUGUCCUCCCACCACCUCCACCGCCAUUACUGGCUAAAGCCAAAUGCAAAGCCAGAUUGAAAGCUGCAAAGCAGAUGAUCCCACCUAUAGCAGUUCAGGCCAGUGAGGAAGCUAUCAAAAACACUGUGGAGGAAGCCACAGACUACAUGCAACCUUGUGAUUCAUCACAGAAGAAAGCCAAGGUCACUUCUACUCUUUCUCCCACCGCCGAAGAAGAUGACUAUCAGAUGCCUAAAGCUCUUCAGAAGGCCCAGCCAAAAAUCCUGGAGCAGAAAGGACAGGAAGAAGAUGAGGAGGAGGAAGAUGACGAAGGACUUGUGCUGGAACAGCGACAUGCUCCGUCUCUCAGUGAGCUGGACAGCAGCAGUUCCCUCAGCAGCCUCGAUGAGGCUGAGGAGAGUCCCGAACGUCCUCCUCUUGUACGAGGCACUAGCAACCCCGUCAUGCCACCUCCAAGGAAGUCCAUGUCUGCCCUGCGCAAAAUGAGUGCCGCCUUCAUAUCCUUUUUUGCCCCAGAGAAGCGAGUGGCGCGGAUGGUGGAGGACCUGUCUUGUGACCGUCGCAUGGCGUUUGGUGCUCUGGUUCAGGACUUCCUGAGGCAGCAGAGAGAGGCGCUGAAGCCACAUUGCUUGACCUCUGCUGUACAGCUGCUGCAGGAUUUGCGUCUCUUCAUCAAUCAGGCCAAAGCUUUCCUUCUGGAAUGUGGAGAGCUGGAACCUCCGAUAGAAACUGUUCUGACGGAGAAUGAAAAAGACCAAGCACUGGAGAAGGCCAUGUUCCGCUGUGUGCUGAAGCCUCUGAAGCCUCAGAUUGAUGCGGCUCUUCGGACCCUGCACAAACAAGAUGGAUCCUUCCAAAGAAUGAUGGACAGCUUGCAAAGAGCCAAUGGAGCCUCGCCACAGAAGCUAUUUGGGGUUCAGGUGGGCGUUCCUGACGCCCAGGGCAUUGAGAAAAUUAAGCACAAGCUGACUCUAAUGCAGCGGGCGUACUCACCCAUUGACAAAGUGCUGCUGCUCUUGCAGAUCUGCAAACUCAUUUACAAAACCAUGAAAAACAAAUCAGGGCAGGAAUUUGGUGCAGAUGACUUCCUGCCUGCUCUGUCCUAUGUGAUGGUGCUGUGCAACAUGCCAGAGAUCUCUCUGGAGGUGGAGUAUAUGAUGGAGCUUUUGGAAAGCUCUUGGCUUACAGGAGAAGGGGGUUACUAUCUGACAAGUGUCUAUGCCAGUCUGAGUCUGAUUCAGAGUCAGCCAGAGGAUGUGCCACCCAACUGCCUUACAAACCAGGCCAGAGAGUCUCUGAAAGAAUGGAGUCGGCGUCGGAGCAACGAAACCAUAAGUCAUAAAGACAAGCUCUGUGUUGUUUCUAUGCUACAGAGGUUUAUAAAGGUGCUGUUUCAAGAUGGCGACAGUAGCUUGGUAAAAACCCUAAUGUGGAAGACUGCGUUCAACGGUGAGGCUAUGACUCAGCUCUGUGCUGUGAAGUUUGGAGUGGACCGGCCGGAGGAUUUCAGCCUGUACUGGAGGAGAGAUGGGGUGUUAAAGCCUCUCCCGCAUGACGCACAGAUUCAAGACCUGCAGAGCAUGGGCGUGAGUGGGGUUCCUCUUAUUUACCAGGCGUCCAGUCAGGAUGAAAGGUCCCAGAAGCUGAACAGAGGGAGUGCAGUGGAUCUAACAGAGGCAGCUUCAUAAUAUGGGAAUUUUUCAGAUGUCACACAUAUAGGGCAAAGCAAUUCUGCAUUUUAUACAGCAUGCCUGAUUUGUCAAAGAAAGGCUGAUGAAAUAAUAAUAAUAAUAUCCUCGUAAUGGAGCUCAGAAACCAUUUGAGGUGUUUUCCACUGAAUCUAUUUAAUGUUGACUGUAAGAUUAGAUUACACCUCUAAUACAUAAAGGUUGUUUUUUUGGCAUCCAUGGAACCUUUCCAUUACACAAUAUGUUCUUCAUAGUAAAAAUGUUCUUUAGUUUAUCAACACACUAAGAAAAGGGUUGGUUUUUUUGGGGGGGGCCAAGAAUUCUUCUAUGGCAUUGCUGCAAGCCCCCCUUUUGGAACUUUUAUUUUAAAGUUUGUAGAUUUUGUAAGAUGCUAAAUCAGCCUGUUUAUUGUCCUAUAAUAAUUACUGAUUGUGUUUAGCUGGUGUUGUGUGAUAUUUCAUUGGGCUAAAUUAUUAAGCAUUUGCUUGUGUUAUAUUACGUUUAAUAUUCUUAGAGGUUGGUUAUUAAUGACUGGA